GGGGGAAGAUAUUAAGAAGAAAAAAACAACAUUUUGUAGAAAACCUUACUUUCUGUACCCCGUAAAUCCCAUCUGCUGUUUUCGGAUCCAAGCCUGUCUGAAAGAGAUUCAAUCAAGAUGAAAACAAUUGGUGUUGCCGUGUUUGGAGCCGUGUUCUGCACUGUUCUGACUGCAUCCCUGAAAGUCAAAGAAGAACACAAGAUUGCUUUUUUCGGCGAGGAUGUGCACAUCCCACUCCCAUCCCUAGUCAGCACUGAUGUUCUGUUCAAGCCCGCCUCCAACCGCACCGCCGAGGUGGUCCUGAUGAGGGAUGGGCGGGUGGUGGGCCACCGGGCCCAGCUCAACUCCCUCAAGCACCUCAUCCUGGAGGAUGUGGGGGAGGAGCACGAGGGCAUGUACGUGAUCAAGAACACAGAGGCGCCUGCCGAUGUCAAACACAUCAUCCUCAUCGUCAGGGAUUGCGCGCUGGAGCAGGUGGUCAGGUACGGUGAGACAUACCACAUCCCACUCAGUGACAUCUUGGGCCCUAUCACCCUGGAGUUCAGGUCCAGUCAAGCUCAGGCCAAUCAGACCACGGAGCCCCCGGCAGUGGUAUUGCUCAACCAGACUUCCACCCCCCCAGAAGAGUACAAGGGUCGUCUGAGUGUGUCCGAGAAAAGGGUGACUCUAAGCAUGGUGCGGGGGACAGACGAGGGAAGCUUCACCGUACUGGACCGCGAUGGGAAAGUCAGGAGGAGGUCAUGCCUGAACGUGAAAGAGCACCAGAACUUCGUCCACCUAUCAUAUGGCAGUACUUUGAAGAUCAACCUGUUUGUGGACCACACCAAAGUCAACCUCAUGUACACUCCAGACUGGGACCGGAAGGACCGGGUCAUACUAGAGCAAGGAGAGCUAGUGGUGCCGUUGGACCCUUCACUGGACGGCAGGCUGACUGUAGAAGGCUCCGUGUGCAUUCUGGAGAGGGUCCGGGUUAGUGACAUGGGCCUCUUCAGAGUGACAGACCUGUUGGGGUUCCCUGUGACCAACAUCUACCUGGAGGUGGAAGCCUAUAAGUUACCCACGCUGUAUGUUGCAAUCCUCUCCUUACUGGGCUUCCUGGUCCUCCUCUUGCUGGUGUGUCUGCUCUCCUGCCUGAUAAAUGUGCGGCGUCGGGCGGAGAAGGCGCGGCAAAUUGCCCUCAUCGCCCAGCAGGCGGGCAAGGGGGAUGGAGAUGCAUUCGUCAAGGUUGUUCAAGAGGCCUAUACACGGUUCGCUGAGGAAUCCACUUUGACGUCUACGUGGGACAACAGCAAUGCUACAGAGAGCACGGAGGUCACCAUUAAGGGUCUGGAGGUAUCCAAAGCAGGUCGCUACCACACUCUCUCCUCGGACAAGAACUUCCUGGAGAUGAGCGACUCGGGGGUAGAGUUCAACUCCUCCACCCUCCCGUUGGACAGCGAAUGUGAGACGGACGUGCCCCAUACCUUCACCUCCCACAAGCUGCUCCUCAACAACUCUGACAGCGUGGCCGCCACCAUCAUCCCCGAGGGAGACCAGAGUGCCAACCGGACCCCCGACUCAGCCAUGAGCCCCAGCUACGUGACCCAGGCUCGGUCUGAGGCUGACGCCCCUGAAGAAGACCUGAUGGGUGUCACCACACCAGAAAGGGCAUCCAGUGGCGCCGAGCUGUCUGCAGCACUUGAGGCAGCCGAUAAAGCUAUCAGCCAGUCAGUUCCCAAUGCCACUGCAGAGAGCACCACCACCUGAGCGCAAACCACCGGACACCCUGACAAUCUUUACUCUUCAGCCUCAAGUACU